AUGUCCACGGAAAAAGAAAAUAGAGGAACAAUCCACGUUACAAGCAUAACAAGUGCCACUAGUCAUUUAGACAUACAGGACCACGAAGUUAAUUUGAAUGCACUCGACUCAAACCCGUUAUCAAUCGGUGAUGUAGGAACAUCAUUGACUGAUACACAAAAAGAUUUUGUGUUGCGCCGGUUGCACUUUGAUGCCCUAGUAUCAUUUGAAGUUUUACCACCACAAGCAACAUUUAUAUUUGAAAAAAUUGAACAGAUGCCAGUCGAUGAGGCAGUGAGAAUAUUGCGCAAAGCAGUUAAAGAACAUGAAGACGAUGUCAAUAUAUUCGAUCAAGAUGUUGAAUUAUGGAGACGUUUGGUAAAUUACCAUGGACCACAAAGAGAUGAUCAUGGUGGUGGUGAUGCCAGUGAUGACGACAAUGAAAGCGGAAGCAUAAACGCAAAUAGGUUUGGACUUUACAGAACAAAAGAGCAACAAGGUGGCAUUGUUGAAAAAAUUGGGUCCAUUUUCCAUACUGUGAAGGAAGUUGAUGAAAAACAAACUAGCACUGGUGGUUAUGAUGGUGGUCAUGACAUCAACGACAGUAGCGAUUCAUCCGAUCCAAAUUCUGAAAUUGGCAAAGAGGAUCAGAAACAUGGCGCUGAUUAUUACAAUAUCGUUGAUUGGGAUUUGCAAGUCAGGUUAGAAGCUGUCAUUGUUGCGUAUUGGUCUCCUUACCCUCAAGUCAGGGCUGUUACUGACCCGUUUGAUGAUCCAACCUUACCAGUUGAAACUAUCCGUGUGUAUGUCAUAUCAAUCAUCUGGAUGGGUAUUGGGGCUGUCAUUAACCAGUUCUUUACCGAGCGUUAUCCUUCAAUUGGUCUUGGAAUGUCUGUGGUGAGUAUCUUUCUUUAUCUCAGCGGUCGUCUUUACGAAUACAUUAUUCCCAAAUGGAAGUUUAACCUUUUUGGCUUGAGUGUUGACUUGAACCCUGGACCAUACUCUUAUAAGGAACAAAUGCUUGCAACAAUCAUGUGCGGUGUCUCAUCAGGAACUUCUUACGUCAGUACUAAUAUAUUGAUGCAAAAAUCGGAAAUGUUUUAUGGAAACCAAUGGGUCGAUUUUGGCUAUAUGUUUUUGCUUACCGCCAGUUCCCAGUUGAUGGGGUUUGGACUAUGUUUCAUGAUGAGAAAAUUUGCCGUUAUCCCCGUCAAAGCAGUUUGGAACCAAUAUUUACCUGGCCUUAAAUUGAACCGUGUGUUGUGCUCACCAGAAAAGAAAACAGUUGUGAAUGGAUGGAAGAUCUCGGGUUUCAACUUGUUCUUCAUCACAUUUGGUAUAAGCUUCCUUUACUUUUGGAUCCCGGGCUAUCUUUUCCAAGCACUUUCUCAAUUCAAUUGGAUGACGUGGAUCGCACCAGAUAACAUGAACCUAGCUAUUGCCACUGGGUCGUUUGGCGGAUUAGGCAUUAAUCCCAUCCCUAGUUUUGAUUUCAACGUUAUUGGGACAGCAGGUUUCUAUUAUCCAUUUUAUUCCUCAUUGAUUUCAUAUUUGGGAGCAUUUGUUUCCCUUUUUGCCGUUGUUGGACUCUAUUGCAGCAAUUACUAUAAUACAGCCUACAUUCCCAUCAAUAGCAACUACUUGUACACCAAUGAAGGCCACAUGUACAGUGUUACAGAUUUGGUCAAUAAAGACAGUUUAUUUGAUAAUGAAAAGUAUCAAAAGAUUGGUCCACCAUUCUAUUCUGCCGCUAACUUGGUCAAUUAUGGCACUUUUUUCGCACUAUAUCCAUUCCAUUUUGUUUAUGAAGUUGGCACAAACUAUAGAUUCAUGUGGGAUGCAUUGAAAUCCAUGUGUCUCAGUAUUCGUCAUCGCAAUAGAUCCAUCUACGAUGGUGAGACUGAUCCACACUCAAUAAUGAUGAGGGCAUACCCCGAAGUGCCUGACUGGGCUUAUAUAUCUAUCUUGGUCAUAUCCCUUGUGUUGGCGAUAUUGUGUGUCAAAGUAUACCCUGCAGAAGUGCCUGUAUGGGGUAUUUUUUUCGCCUUGGGAAUAAACUUUGUCUUUUUGAUUCCUUUAACCACUGUUGCAGCAAGAACUGGGUUUAGUUUCGGCUUGAACGUGUUGGUCGAGUUGAUUAUGGGUUAUGCCGUACCAGGAAACGGUUUGGCACUUUCGUUUGUCAAGGCUUUAGGUUACAACAUUGAUGGACAAGCUCAGAAUUGGAUCAACGACUUGAAGCAGGGUCAUUAUGCAAAGAUACCACCAAGAGCAAUGUUUAGGGUCCAGUUAUUAUCCGUUGUUCUCACCAUGUUCAUUCAAUUGGGUAUAUUGCUGUACCAAAUCAAUGGCAUCCCCGACUAUUGUAGUCCCACCAACCCUCAAAAGUUCUUUUGCUAUGGAACCACUACAUUUUACAAUGCAUCUAUACUUUGGGGUGUCAUUGGCCCCAAAAGGGUAUUUGGCGGGCUUUAUCCAAUGUUGAAAUGGUGCUUCCUUAUUGGCUUUGUUGGUGGUAUUGUUUGCGUUGCUUUCAAGAAGCUUGCGCCAAGAAAGUAUACCAAAUACUUUGAGCCCAGUAUUUUCCUUGCUGGUUUCAUGUCGUGGGCAGCAAACAAUCUUUCCUACUCCACUGGCGGGUUAUACCUAGGCUUUGCAUUCAUGCACUAUGUUAAGCACAAGUAUGAGGCAUGGUGGCAAAAGUAUAGUUACUUGCUUGGCUCGGGGAUCGAUGCUGGUAUUGCAUUUGCUGGGAUAAUUAUAUUCUUUGCCGUCCAGUAUCACGAGGUAGAUGUUAAUUGGUGGGGCAAUAACGUCCCAUACGAAGGUUGGGAUUACCAGUUGAGGUAUGCUGGCUCUAAAUUGAACGCUACUCUCGAUGCACCAGAUGGGUAUUUCGGACCAAGAAAAGGUCACUAUCCAUAA